CCCCUUCCAUGGAGCAAGCCGUUCGCGUUUUUUUAGCUGAGUUGGCCAAUCCCCCUGUUUUGGUUUAUCCAGAUUAGGAUGCCGUUUCAGACGGCUCGCGACCUUUUCAUCUUUACUGUGAUGCUAGUCGCGAUGGGUGUGGUGGGACUCUCGAACAAGAACAGCCAGAAGGUUCCAUUCGCCCAAUUGUCUUCAUCAGUCGGGCUACUUUGGACUCAGAACGUCACUGGACUCCCCUCGAUUUCGAGGCGGGUAGCAUCGUGUGGUGUAUCAAGCGCCUUCGCGGUUACUUGUGGGGUCCGCCUGAUCAACAUUGUCAAACAAAUCGCCGUUAUCGUGCGAUGCGCAUUGGGGCCGCUACCAGGGAAUCGGCGCGUGCUCAAGGUGCGCGAGCUUUGCCUUCGGGCUACUCGCUUGUUUCCCGUUCAACGUGGGACCGUCGCUUCGCCAACACUCCUCUACCUGUGGGCGCCUGCUUCUGAAUUUACCCUCAACUGGCAACCUCUUGUGGCCAGGAUGGGUAAUUCGAUGGAAGUGUCACAAGGUUCUUUGUAGGAUCGACGCCAAGAGGUGUUCUCAGGACAGACACACAUUGUGUCCAUGGGAAAAUGUCCAAGUCAGGAGAAAAAGUGUGCACCCAAGGCGAUUCGAACCAGUAUCCUGCCGCUGACGCCAUGUGCAAAGGUGUACCGAUUG